GUAGAAGUCUGCCCAAAUGAAAAAGAAGCCUUACUGAUGUUGGAAAAUUAUAUUAAUUAAUUACUCCCUCUGCCCAUUUUAGUGUGCCAGAGAAAAGCCUGGUUAGAUAGUGUCUUAAAUCACAUGUCCUCAUUGACCCUCCCUUCCGUUUUGCUUUUUCUCUUGCUGUAUGCCAAUGCUAGCCUGGUCUGGGGUGAUAUUGAUUGGUGUACUCAGAAAAAAUCCAUGUGUCAGAGUCCUUCCUGAUGCUAUAAAAAGCCCUGUUUUGUAGAAUUUCCAUCCCACUGCACAAGUCUUCAGCUGUCCUUUGCAGCAACCAUGAGCUCUAUCGGUUACGAGUCAUACUUCUCCACCCCCCGGCGACAGGCGGUGGUCCGUAGCAGCACUUACUCCAUAUACCCCAUCUACUCAUUCCCUCUGCCAUCGUGGAGCCGUGGUCUCUCCUCCUCUGCAGUGAUACAGAUUUCUUUCAGCCAAGAGCUGGACCUAAGCCAGGCCUCACAGGUAAGCUCUGAGUUCAUGACUGUUCGUACACAAGAGAAGGCUCAACUGCAAGAGCUGAACAACCGCUUCGCCAGCUUAAUUGAGCGUGUGCAUGGGCUGGAGCUUCAGAACCGAGCCCUGCAGACGGAACUGCUGCUGCUGCGCCAGAGACACAGUGAACCCUCCUGUCUUUAAGCACUGUACGAGCAGGAGGUCAUGGAGCUCCAUGCCACGGUGGACCAAGCCCGCAGUGAGCGCCAGGCUACCCAGGAGCAAAGUGACCAGUUAGAGGAGGUGUUGAGAGCCCUGCAGAGUCGCUAUGAGGAGGAAAUUGUCCAGCGUGAGAUGGCAGAAGUGCAGGUGGGAGAUGCAAGGAAAGAGGCAGAUAAGGUGGGCAUGGCCUGUGCCAAGCUGCAUAAGAGGGCCGAGAAUCUGCUGGAUGAGGUGACAUUUUUGAAGAGACUCCAUGAGAGGGAGAUUGCUGAACUGCAGGCCCAUCUUCAGUACAACGCCCAAGUUUCUAAAGAUAAGGCUGGAGAGUAUAGACGCUUGCUGAAAUCUCGAGACCUAGAGAUUGAAGCAUGCCAAGGGCUGAAUAAAGCUCUUGAGAGACAACUACAAGAAGCUGAGCAGAAACAUGCAGAGAUAGCUGCCCAUCAGGACACUAUCGGGGCACUAGAGAAAGAACUCAGAACCAUGAAGAAUGAAAUGGCUCGUGGUCUUAAGGAAUAUCAGGACCUCUUUAAUGUUAAGAUGGCUUUGGACAUUGAGAUAGCUGCUUAUAGAAAACUUCUUGAGGGUGAAGAAAUGCGAUUCAGUGUAGGAGGGUUUGGUGGCAUUUCCAAUGUAUUCUCUCCCUCAGUGGGUGCCACUCCAUCUUUAGGCUAUCCUGUGCAAUCAAGCCUGAGCUCUGCUGCACCCUAUGUGCUGGCCACCAGAUACUCCAGCUCCACUUAUGAGGCCAUAACAGCAAGCAAGGCUGAACAGACUGAGACCAGCCCUCCACAAAAAGAAGAAGAGGAAGAAGUUGAAGAAGACAAGGAUGAUGAGGAGGAGGAGGAAAAAGAGGGAGGAGAGAAGGAAGAGGAGGAGCUAAAAGGUCAGGAACAUCAAAGUAAAGAAAAUGGAGAAGAAGGUGAGGAAGCUGGAGAAAAAGAUGCAGUGGGAGAUGGCGGAGAAGAGGAUGAAGAGGGAGGAGAGGAGUUUGAACCUGAAGAAACUGAGGAGGGACGAGAAGGAUAAGAGGAGGAUGAUGAUGAAAGGAAUGGAGAUGAGGCAGAGGAAGCCAAGCCAAAAGACAAGUAAUAUCUCAGUAUAACUAAGAAUGAUGAACUCAAUUCGAAUGCAGACGUGUGCUAGCAAAUUAUCUGUGUCAUGGGAUCUUAAUUCAUCCAAAUAAAGUUAAAUGAAAUCAGCAAUGUGGACAUAAAAUGUGAUAAUUGCAAAUGUUACAGUAUGCAUGGCUACAUGACUGAUCUUUGGUCAUUA